GGGUUGUGAAAGGGACCACUUGUGAAGGAAUCCACAGGAACUCAAUAGAAUUCACCAUUCAAAAUGGCUUUAGCAAGUGGGCACUGGAUAACCAAAGAAGUCGAAGGCAAACCACCAAGCCCCAGACAUGGUCAUGCUCUUGCUGUAGCAGGGAACAUAGCUUUCUUGUUUGGAGGGGCAUCCACUGUGAACUCUUUGUCUCACCUACAAAUGUUACCUGGGAAGUGGUACCACAGAAUGGAGAUAUACCAGCUGCCAGAGAAGGACAUAGUCUUUGUGUGGUUAAAGGGAAACUUUAUUUGUUUGGGGGUUCUUCAUAUCCACAACCUAAAGAAUGCCUCCCUGGAACCUACUGCUUUGACAUUGUUUCUUUAACAUGGGAGAAGCUAAAGACCUGGGGAGUGUCGCCUAAGAGUCUGAGGCACAGCUCUGCAGUCGUAGGAAACAGCAUCUAUGUCUUCGGAGGAAUGCUUGGUGGUUUCCUCAGCGAUGACCUUCUGAUGUUCAACACAGUAUCACUGACAUGGACCCCAGUCAAGACUUCUGGAUUGCUGCCAUCGCCAAGAUUUCAGCACAAAUUUGCAGCAGUGGGGGAGCAGAUCUACUUGUUUGGAGGUUGUUCACACAAUAGUAGCUAUUGCAAAGAUGUCCACAUGCUGAAUACAGACACGCUCACUUGGCAGAAGUGUGAAGUUAAAGGAGAAUGUCCCCUGACCUGCACUGGGUUCUCUCUCACCGCCCAUCAUGACAAGGAUAUCUACUUUUUCGGAGGGAAAUGCACCAACAAAACGGGAGCCGUUUCUUCAACAAGCGAAGUGCAUAAAUUAAGUAUAGCAAAGAUGAAAUGGAAAGUGCCGCUGUACGUGGGGAUUCCUCCAGAGCGUCGACACGACCACACUGCGUUUAUCAUUCACAGCCACAUGUAUGUAUUUGGAGGAAGAAAUGAAGAGCAAGAAUUCAAUGACCUAAAGGUGAUGAAAUUAAUCAACCCCUCUGAAAGACAGCCUGUGAUGAAGGAGAUCCUGUCUGAAUUUGGAAUUCAGGGAGUGAGCAACGGAUUCUCUCCAACAAAAAUUCCUAAUGUCAAGUAUGAGCUAAGCAGCUCACCCUCUCCUGCAAGAUUUGAAACUCCGUCUGCAAAAAUAACAGAUGAGAGCAAUUUCACAGCUGUUCGCAAUGAAGCUAUGGAUAUGAUCCACAGAGCUUUUGCCAUCCUGGAUGCACAGUUCCAAAAGCUUGACCGUGAGAAGUCAGAGCUUGCUCGAGCUGUUGUUGCACUUCAGUACGAGAAGGAAGCCUUCAGUGGCCACCAUCAAAAACAGAAGCAGGAACUUCAGGAAAUGAUUGAGAGACACAAAGCCCAAAAUGAAUCCUGGUUGCGCGCCUGGGCAGAGGAGAAUGACAAGGAGAGGAAGGCACUGUGUAAACUGAGGGAGGAAAUUAUGCGCGAACAGAAUAGACUGAAAGAAGAACAUUACACCAUACAGAAACGCAGUGAACGGCUCCAUUCGAUUAUGCAGCAGUUCAAAGGCAUGUGACAAUAAUGUUAGUACUAGAUCCUGUAAGUACUUGUAUGAUUGUUCAGUUUACUGUAGCAUAGUGAAUACAGUGAAGCAGAAAGACUGACAAAGGAUGCAAAUUGAGUGUUAAUAGUUGUAACAAAGUGGAUUGCAUGUGUCAAAAUACUGAGAACCGCUCCAGAGGAAUCACUUCCUCCGAAAAAAAGGAAAAACUGAGAAAUCUCCUACUUUGUGUUGAAGUUGUAUUGGAGGACUGAAUUUAUUGUAGAUUUAAAUAAGCUAUAAGCUGUAUCUUUUGAAUCUUGUUAAUGCAGGAGUUUGCAAAGCAAAUACUGGGGAGGUGUGAGGUGCCUCCAAG